UACAUGUCAUUUGACGUUUCGCUUUCGCUCGCCAGCGUAGAGCUCUUUUUAGAGUAUUUGCUAUUUGGUACUUUUACAGUGAAUUGAUUUGUAGCAUUGUAUAAACGCUUCGUGUAAGAAAAGUAAUUAGUAGAAGUAUAAAUAAUGUCGGGGAAAAGUAACAAAGCUUUCACUAAGGAAGAAGAAUUGUUAUUGCAAGAUUUCAGUCGGAAUGUGUCCACAAAAUCUUCGGCUCUAUUCUACGGAAAUGCCUUCAUAGUCUCGGCUAUUCCCAUUUGGUUGUUCUGGAGGGUGCACGCUCUGGAGGUAAGCUCUUCAUUGGCGUGGUUCGCGUUGGUGACAGCUGCCAGUACGUGGCUGUUGGCUCUCGCGUACCGCAACACCAAGUUCCAGCUGAAGCACCGCGUCGCCGUCCGCAGGGAGGAUGCCGUAGCGCGCGAAAUGACGAGAAAACUCGCCGACGACAAGAAAAUGAGCAGGAAAGAAAAGGAUGAGAGGAUCUUGUGGAAGAAAAAUGAAGUGGCUGACUAUGAAGCAACCACUUACUCCAUUUUCUACAACAAUGCGCUGUUCUUGACCAUUGUGAUACUCGGCAGCUUCUAUGUUCUGCGUGCCUUCACACCUACUGUGAACUACAUUGUGUCACUGACAGCUGCAUCUGGACUCUUGGCGCUGCUCUCCACUGGGACCAAGUGAAGAAGUUCCAAUUAUAUUUACAAUCUACUAUAAUUAAAUAUUAAGUUGGACAUUAACUCAAAGCUGUUAUGCAUGUGUGAAAUGAACAAGUGAGAGUAGAGAGUUUCUUACUGCAUUGAACAAAUGUAGCAAAUUGUGUAAUAAAUUUUGUCAAUGCUGUUUUCAUUACGUGAAGUUUAUAAAAUAAUUUAUAAUUUAAAAUAAAACCCAAUUUUUAUA